AUGGCUAGUGAUAUAACGAGGGGAAGAGACAAUCCAUCUGUGACGCAAGAUGACGGAUCUUAUUUGAGAACUUCUUCAGAACGAAUAAUAAGCAAUCAACCACAGUCAAAUAGUAAUAGGAACAGUCAUCUUCGUGCACAGCUAUCGGUGUCUACAGAAGCAUGGAACACCCGCAACGUGUCUCCAUUGAGACCCAUGCAUGGUCUGGACUUUCUCACAGGAGUCUCAACAUUACACAUACAGCAGACAGUUGAUAUAUCUCACUUAACAUCCAACAUAAAAUCGGAAAAUCUGUACACAAUUAAAAUACCAAAUGGCCUUACACUGUAUCUCGCGAGUGAAUCGUCGACGAAGACUCAAAGGCUUUUGUGUGGCGUCGGACGGGCCUUUACCAUGCAGAUUCAUGAUAACACCAGACAAAGUGUAAUGCUAAUGGAGAGGAGGUUAGCAGCUGCCUCCUGCUGCUUUCCAUGUAGACUUCAGGAGAUGCAAGUAAUAACGCCGCCAGGUAACUACAUAGGUCGUGUUCAGCAGCAAUGGACCUGGGUGGUUCCUUUCUACCUCGUGAGAAAUGUUAAUGACGAAGUCAUAUACGUCAUUGAAGGUCCUUCAAGCAUCGACAAUCGGAAUAUGAUCCUUGGGCAUUUUAAGAUACUAUCGAGUGAUUUUUUAAGAGAAGUUGGCAAAAUAUCACACAGGUGGGAGGGAGACGUGAAUAGUUUCGUAACGGCGAUAGAAUUUCCACACUGUGCCUCAGACCCGAAACAGAAAGCCCUUCUUCUUGCUGCUACAUUUUUAUUGGAGUACACGUAUUUCGAGAGGGCAAAAACAAGUUGUCUGCGGUUUAAUUGUUGUUGA